UAGUUGAAGUGCAGGACACAGAAUAGAAGUUUGACUGCAACAAACAGCUCGUAUCUUACGCGUUUCUACCUAGGGCUCCCUUUCUAGCUUUUGCGCAGGCCACACCUGCUCGCUGCCUCCUCGCUGCGAUAUAUAAUUCAAUUGCCUUACUUUGGAUACUGCUUUCAGAGACCAAACUUUGCAGGCUAGCCCUUGACUUGCACUUACAUCAAAGCCCUUGUUCAAUCGUGCAUACUAGCAAAGCUAUAAGCGUAAUAGCGCUGCGGCUGCCCGGGCGUGCCCAGGCAGCCGCGCUUGAGGAUCGCUCUGCCACAGCGUCACGCUCCUGUGUUAAAAACCAGCAGCAGCCAUGGCAUUGUAUGGCUUUCCUAUGGCCGGGGAGAGCGUCAUUCUUGAUGGCGGGUAUGGCGAGCCUGAGCAUGGCGCGGUGGGCUCGCCACAUCUUACGCAGCAGCGAGCGAUGCUGCGCGAGCAGGAGCACAAGCAGGACCUCGCGAUUGAGAAGACGCGGAAAAUGUCCAAGUUCAAGUUUCGCACGCUAGACGAGCUGCGCAACCACAACCCGAGCAUUCGGGACGGGCUAGAACCGGACAAGGAGCGGAUGUGGCGGAGGCAGUACUGCAAGCUCAUACAGGACGCGGGCGUCAACCUGCGAGUGCCGCAAUGGGGCAUUGCCGUGGGCAUCACGUUGUGCCAUCGCUUCUUCGCCGUCAAAUCCAUGAAGCGCAAUGACCGAUUUCUCAUCGCCACUGCCUGCCUGUUCCUGGCGGCCAAGGUGGAGGAGGCGCCGCGGCUGCUCAAGACCGUCAUCGGCGAGGUGGAGCGCGUGAGGCACAGCAAGGACCUGGCCAAGCAGAGGGAGCUGGAGGACCCGGCCAAGAUGGAGCGGUACCGCGAGGAGGUGCUGCAGGCGGAACGUGCCGUGCUGUACACGCUGGGGUUUGACCUGGACGUGCAGCACCCCUACACGAUGCUGCUGGACUGGCUGGCGCGCGAGCGGCUGCUGGACGAGCCCCCCGGCAGCCCCUUCAAGCCGCUGGUGCAGAACUCCUGGAACCUGGUCAACGACAGCCUGCGCACCACGCUGUGCCUGCAGUUCCCGCCGCCCAAGAUCGCGGCGGCGGCGCUGUGGCUGGCGGACGUCAUGAACACAGAUGACGAGGGGCGGCACCACAGCCGUAUGCCGCAGGGCCGCAGCUUCUUCGAGCAGAUGCAGAUCGCGCCGGACGAGCUGGCGCGCAUCGCCGACCAGAUGCUGUCGGAGUACGAGAACUCCAAGCUGCGCCAGCUGGCGGUGGCUCAGGGCGUGGCGCUACCGCAGGCCAAGGCGGAGGCGGAGGCGCGGUUCGGGCCCAGCCACAUAGGGGCGGGGGCGGCGGCGCGGGCAGGCGCCGGGGCGGGGCCGGGAGCGGGGGCGGGAGCGGGGGCGGGUGGGAGAGGUGGGAGGGCGGAGGGCGGCGCCGUGAGGAUGGAGGUGGAGGAGGAGGGCGAGGUCAAGGACUGAGGGGCUGGCGGCGGAGCGCUGGAGGAAUGGCGUGGGAGGGCGUGGGGUGGGGUGGAGUGGGGUUUUAAAUGUCAGCCCAAAUUAAACCGAACCAGCGAAAACGAGCGGGGUAGGUGGGAUGGCGUGUGCGAUGGGUCAGGUGGUGCAGGAUGGGCGUUCAGGCAAGGGAGGGGCGGUGCACGUGUGGCCUGUCGGGGCACAGGGCAGGGAGUUGUGGAGAGUGAGGCUGAGCGCUGAGGACCCUUGGGCACCUUGGCACGGGCCCUGGUUCGACGCCAAGGGAGCUUGUAACGGCUCCAGAUGGCAGGUCCCUGGUGUCAAGGCCUUACUUGCCGUACUAUCGCCGGGAAAACAAAGUGGGGCCCAUGCUCCCGUCAAUUGUUUGGUUACUACGCGUUCGAUCCCAACCCUGAGGUGGUUUCGGAGGACCCCAGAGACAUUCCGGCAACCACGCUGGUAGCCAGGAUCGCUGCAGACGUGGGCUCCAUUCUGCAGGGCCUGCUCAUGAGGGCUACACAGCUCUGCAUCAGCCUGCAGGGCAAACUUUGAAUGCGAAUGUUGCAAGUGUCUGAUGUACAAGGCCCAGGUGGGUGGUGGCUGUUCCGCCCAACCAGAAUGCGCAGGGGCGCUGGCAUACGUCGAGCCUUCGGGCUUGGACAGCAAUCUUGGGACAAGGCCAUCCAUGGGACAGCAUCCAUGGGACAGCAAUCUUGGGACAAGGCCAUCCAUGGGACAGCAAUGGGACAGCAAUCUUGGGACAGCAAUCUUGGGACAGCAAUCUUGGGACAAGGCCAUCCAUGGGACAGCAUCCAUGGGACAGCAAUCUUGGGACAAGGCCAUCCAUGGGGCGCGCCCCGCAUGAUGAUCAGAGGGAGGAUCGUGGCAAAGGAGAGGAUACAUGUUGCAUAACAUGUUGCGGCACCCAGUGAAGACCUAGAAGACUACUGAG